UUUAACCGCUAAUCCAGGAUGUUAGUUUGUCGUCUAGUAUGUGCAUCUAGCAACGAUGUUUACAAUAAAAAUAUUAGGCAUUGGUAUUCUUCGUUACAGUGACCAUGAACAAAACAACUAGAUGACCACGGUAGACGUUUAUUUCUCUCAUUUGUUGCACUUUGAAUGAGCAGCGGGGAUUGAAUGGUCACUGAUUGCUGUCCUCGGUUAGGAUUGCAGUUUGGCCUGUCAGUGCGUCUAUUACAAUCAUGCUUAUUUCAUAACAAUGGCAGUGAAGGGCACCUUAUAAACUAAAUGACUGUCAGAAAUAUCGCCUCCAUUUGUAAUAUGGGCACCAAUGCCUCUGCUCUGGAGAAAGACAUUGGUCCAGAGCAGUUCCCCAUUAAUGAACACUACUUUGGAUUGGUCAAUUUUGGGAACACAUGUUACUGUAACUCAGUGCUCCAGGCUCUGUAUUUCUGCCGGCCAUUCAGGGAGAAUGUGUUGGCAUAUAAAGUUCAACAGAAGAAGAAGGAGAACCUUCUUACCUGUCUGGCUGACCUCUUCCACAGCAUUGCAACGCAGAAGAAGAAGGUUGGCGUGAUCCCUCCCAAGAAGUUCAUCUCACGUCUGCGGAAGGAGAAUGACUUGUUUGAUAACUACAUGCAGCAGGAUGCUCAUGAGUUCCUUAACUACCUGCUGAACACAGUGGCUGACAUCCUGCAAGAAGAGAAGAAACAAGAGAAACAGAAUGGACGGCUGAAGAACAACGGCACUGCCAUUGCCACGGACACCGAGCCAGAACAGAACAAGAUCGAGCCCACCUGGGUUUACGAUAUCUUCCAGGGCACACUGACCAAUGAGACGCGCUGUCUUAACUGUGAGACGGUCAGUAGCAAGGAUGAAGACUUCUUGGAUCUGUCUGUUGAUGUUGAGCAGAAUACUUCAAUAACACACUGUCUCAGGGGCUUUAGUAAUACAGAGACCCUGUGCAGUGAAUAUAAAUACUACUGUGAGACGUGCUGUAGCAAACAAGAGGCCCAGAAACGUAUGCGUGUAAAGAAGCUGCCCAUGAUCUUGGCUCUUCAUCUGAAGCGGUUUAAGUACAUGGAGCAGCUGCAUCGGUACACUAAACUGAGCUAUCGUGUGGUUUUUCCACUGGAGCUCCGCCUAUUCAACACCUCCGGAGACGCUGUCAAUCUCGACCGCAUGUAUGACCUAGUCGCUGUGGUGGUCCACUGUGGAAGUGGCCCAAACAGAGGGCAUUACAUCACCAUUGUAAAGAGUCAUGGCUUCUGGCUGCUGUUUGAUGAUGACAUUGUAGAGAAAAUUGACGCACAGGCGAUAGAGGAGUUCUACGGUUUGACCUCUGAUAUUUCCAAGAACUCAGAGUCGGGAUAUAUUCUGUUCUAUCAGUCCAGAGAAUGAAGGAGUUGAGGGAGAAAAGGCAAAGAAAAGAGAGAAGAGAGGGUCAGAAAAUGAAGGUUUUGAUAUUCACUAGAUUCCGUUCCCACAUCCCUCCCCCAUUCCUCAUCACAAACUCAGGGUCUCCAGCUGAGACUGAGUGCCAAAAGUCCUCUGUUACCCUUUUGCCAAUGCUACAUCUCCUGGGAGUUCCAUUCUCCCAGCUUUGCUGCACUGUGGGAAUGUACAUCUUCAAGUCUGACCCUUACGUCAGUCACCUGCAUCUGGAAGGCACUUUAUAGACAAACACAAUAAGUAACACUAAAGCAACACAACAAAAACCACAACAUAUUCAACUUGAAGGAAUCAAAAAGCUGCAAAAGGAUCAAAGGAAACAAUGUUUCUCAUAGACUGUUUUGAGUCCUGGUACUUUACCAAGAGUGGCUGUUUCUGUCCAUUCAGUGCCCAGGAAAGUGCCUCUCACCCUGGGUAUCUGAAACUAGGAUUUCUCUCUCGAUCCCUGUCUUAUAAGGUCAGGGAACCCAUUUAGGGUCAUUUUAGAGGUUUUUGUACUGUGAUGCACACCCAUCUGUCUCAGUCUCAACUCUUAGAGAGACUCCUACCUACCCUCAGUUGCCAGCCAGUCAGCACAUCCUAGUUCAGUCAUAGUCACCGGGCUGUGUGACAAUUUGCUUUGGAUUUAGGUAUGUUGUGGGAAUGAGAAUUUGGACUCCAAGCAGUCUGUUACACAAAUGAGUGUUUGUGGGUACAUUUCUGAUGCAAAGAUUUAAAGGUGUGCGUGUGUUUGUGGUCCACCGAUAUAGAUUUUUUAAUAGCUGAUACCGAUAUUUAGACAGCAGGGUGGCCAAUAUAAUGCCAAUAUAAAUAAAUACAAAUUAAAGGUUCACUCAGUACUUUUUUCCUCAUUAAAAAAACAUUUACAGUGGCAAGAAAAAGUAUGUUAACCCAUUGGUAUUAGCUAUUUUUCUGCAUUAUUUGGUCAUAAAAUGUGAUCUCAUCUUCAUCAAAAUGUGCUUAAGAUAAAAACAGACAAACAAUUAUAAUCUUUCAUGUCUUUAUGAAAAAGUAAGUGAACCCUUGGAUUUCAUAAAUGGUUGAUCCUCCUUUUGGCAGUAAUAACCUCAACCAAGUGUUUCCGGUAGCUGCAGAUUAGACCUGCACAACGUUCAUAAGGAAUUUUGGACCAAUCUUUACAGAACUGCUUCAACUCAGUCAUAUUCUUAAAGUGGUCGCAUACCGGGCGAGAAGUGCCAUGCAGCGUUGCGUCUAGGACACAGCACAGGUAUCAAACACAGGACACCUCGAUGCGGUUCAGGUGGCAGACAGUACACACAAAAGUUACCAAGGUUUUUCCCUUUUUCAAGAAUGAACAAGGCUAGAGUAAACUAUAUAUGUCCAUUGAUAAUGAUUUGGGUCGAAUUUAAUGGAAAAUAUGCGAGUUGAGCUCCGUGGCAUGGCAGAAAUUUGAACUGCCUCCGUAGUCGUAGGUGGGCGUACAUUCAGAAAACAGUUGCUUCGAAUUUUAGAACACGCAAUGUCGUCCACCAGACGUGUCCAGUGUGCGACCCCCUUUAGGAUGUUUGGUCAGAACAGCUCUCUUGAGCUCAUUCCACAGCAUCUCUAUUGGAUUAAGGUCUGGGCUCUUGAUGGAAAGCAGCAGCAUGCUUCAUUGUGUCCUGCCAUGGACACCAUGCCUGUUUAAUAUAUUCCGUAUAGUAGACUCAUUAACAGAGAUGUUAGCCAGUUCCAAUGAUGCCUUCAAGUCUUAGCUGUCACUGUAGGGUUCCUUUUACCGCAAUGAGCAUUCUGCUUUGUGCCCAUUGAGUCACCUUGGCUGGACGGCCACUUCUAGGGAGAGUAGCCACAGUAUUAAAUAAGUCUCCAUUUAUAGACAAAUAGUCUAACUUUGGACAGAUGAAUAUCUUAGCUCUUCGAGAUAACUUUGCAACCUGGUCCACGUAAGCAGAUGCUGCUUGUAAAUAGCAAACUCAAAAUGUUUGAGUGCUUUUAUAAGUCAAAGUAGCUCUAACCCACACCUCCAAUCUCAUUUCAUUAAUUUGAUGCAAAGUUUGCAUCAGUAACCUUAUAAAAGCUGUUUUAUUCUACAUGGAGAAGGUCCCCUCAUGGGGGCUGCAAUGUUGAGAUCACAUGACCAGCCGAAUACUACUGGCUUAAUCUCAGUAACCACCUUGAUAUUGGACACUUCCCCUCAUGGAUUAAAUUAAUCAUUGCCAACUGUGAUUGUUGAUUUCUACAAUUGCAUUGGUAACUGAAAACUAUUGUGUUUGAAGGAUGUUGCAUCCACACCCCUAAGUGUCAGUGUAAGUCCAAGAUGACAUAAACAACAUAAAAACGUGAAUUACUGAGUGCACCUUUAAUGAUAACAAAUAAGAAUUAAAAUUGAAUUUAACUGUUCACUUUUUUUUACACAACAUUUACUUAUAUUCACUAAAAAAUAUUGAAAAACAGAAAAUGUGCUUUGACAAGGCUGUCGGUCGAUAUGUAAUCUCAGAAUGGCAAAAUAUCAGCCCAUUAAUUGGCCUGGCUGAUAUGUUGGUCUAUCACUGGUGUGUGUGUGUGUGUGUGUGUGUGUGUGUGUGUGUGUGUGUGUGUGUGUGUGUCUGCAUUUAGACUUUGAAAUGGCUUUGCUUUUCAUUCAGAAGUAGAAGCAGUCAUGUAACCAUGUAGCGGGUUUGAAGCAAAGUUUUUUCAAGGCAAGUCAGUCCACUAGGCCGCCAUCUUUGGACUUGUGUGUGUGUGUGGUUAGUCUAGCUUUACCAUUUUGUAGUACACCCAGUCUUGUGUGCCUAAAUCUGCCUAGCCCAACUGAUGUCUUCUGAGUUAGACAUGAGUCAGUGUGCUUUUGUCCCAUCUAAACGAUAGUGUACAUGGUCACUGAACUGUCACCUUUCGUUCAAGCUUGAUAAUGCAGUAUAAUAGGAUUCAAUUAAUUUUUGUUAAAAAUGUAGCCUGACCUGGUAUGUAUAUUUCUGUAUUGGGUAGCAGUACAGAACAGUGGCCAGACUCAGGGCCAUCACUAAAAUUCACCGGCCUGAGAUAAACUUCUAUGUGUGGACACCUUGUUCCCUCAGCCCAAUGAGUAGGCUAUACCCUUUCAGUAUGUUUACAAACACUUUAAAAGUUCAAUUUCAGUUUGACUAAAACAAUAGAAAUACCUAGUCUUUUAAAAAAAGUCAUGUAAAUGCUUGAUUGAAAUUGUACCAGUCCAAAUUUUGGUGAAGUUGGACUAACAGACCUAUAGUAGAUAAUGCAUCUUUAGCUUGGUCUCGUUCAGAAUGUAUACACAUUAUUGCACCACAAUUGGCCUCGCCAUUGCUCGCAUGCUCCGAAAGAGAGAGGGGGUGCGUGAUUUGUAUUUAACCCACUGUAUUUGUCCUCUUUCUUUAAAAAUUCUAUUAAGCAUUGGGUCAUGUAUACUUGGACCAGACAGAUGAAGACUGUAACUCAACUACGCAAAAACCAGCUGAAGCUCUUUUAUAACUGUGCAUGUAAGCGUACUGACUGAGGACCUUAGUGGGGCCCCCAUAUCAUAGGGCCCGGGACAAUGUUCUUGAUAGUUUCCCCUUGCAGUGGCUCUGCCAAACUUCCGCUCUGUUCAUUUGUUAGAAGCAAGGUGACAUGACAUGACAUUUUAGCAUUACUGUAAGGUAAUUUACAAUAAUUUGAGAUCAGUUUUGCAGUGUCUUUUUAAUAGGGUUUUGGUAGGAGAAACUUGAAUUAAAACAGCAGCAGCCCUCAGAUCACUGUAAUGUGUUCUGUAAAGUUCAGCUUCACUGAAUCUGAUAGGACUUGCUGUUACAAUAAGAACAUGCGCACAAUUCUUUCAACUUUGUGAAAUGAAUGCAUUUAUUUGAGAGGGCUUUUACUAAGAAAGUAAAGAUAGUCCCCCAUCUGAGAUCAUUAUCUGAAACAUUUGGGAACCUUAAGCCUGAGAAUCCCGAUUUGAAAUUAAUUCCAUAUUUUAACAUGUUGGUUUUUUUUUUUUAAACAUGAAAGAGAGUGGCUUUAAUCUGUUACAGAAGGGAGUCGCAAUACAAGUGCAAUACAGGGAAAAGAUGGACAUUCCAUGUCGUGAUGAUCUCAUUUUAAACUGAUGUUUCUACACGUUUUUUUAAACCAAGCUCUAGUCAUAGAAACACUAACAAAGAAACACUUGAUACUCCCAUUCAUUCAUCGUAGCUUUUUAAAGACCAUGCUAAUGUUUUUUUACCUGGUCUCAUAGAAUCACGUUACUAUACCUAUAUUUUUGCAAAAGUAUUUUUACAAAACAAUGACCUUUAUUCACUUUCACACAAGUCACGAGUAAAAGUGCAAAUCAUCAGUUCAUAAACACUUACUUUUACCCCUGUUCCUCACACAAUGCUAUCUUAUGAAAAUUAAACACUUUAGUGCAUGACUUGUAAGUUGACAUUUUAACGUCUGCAUUACUUAAACAACUACAUUUAUAAGCUUGUUCACGUGCAAUCAAAUUGUGCGGUUGCUCAACUGAUAAAAAUUAACACUUGCGAUGCAAGGACUGGGGUACGAGUCAUGAAGAACACAACACAUUCAGCACAUAAUCGUAGAAUGAAUGGUUUGAAAAUAAGAGCCUGAUUAACAAUUUGAGGUUUUAUGACGAUACAUGGAGGUAUCAAGAUUUGAUAUUCAUCCACAUUUGCUCAAGAGCCCGAUCCAUUUGUAGUACCACACUCCUCUAGCACAUGGUUUAUUACAUUGUAACAAUGGUGUAAUUAUAUGUUAAUGACACACUACAUGCAAUAUGUGUAACAACACAAUGUAAGACUGACUAUGCAGUGUUUGUGUUAACCUUAUUUGUUCUGUUGUUGCUUGACAGACGCUGACUGAUUAAUUGGUAAUUAUUAUAAUUUAUUUUGGUUUUUGUUUAAUCAAACAAACAGAAAUGUGCCAAAAUCUUUCCUUCAAACUGGAACACAAAAGAGAUCUCUCGAAGCAAAGUUUCAUUUUAAUAGUGCUUCAUGAAACUAUACAUAAAUAUUAUGUAGACAAAGGGUGAAUUCAGGUUUAGUGGAAGCUUGUAAAUUAGGAAACGUACAUUUUGAAGUGUAUAGCAUAGCGGAAAUCUUUAGCUAUUUAAAAUGGUAUUGUGUGAGGGGUGAAACCAUUUGGAAUCAGAUUUUAAAACAAUGGCAAUGACAAAUGAUCAGAAAGUGUCACACUUCACCACUAUUGAUUAGAAAGACAUUUUAUUUUUAAAAGACUAGAUUAAUCUAUAAACAAUAACCCAUUAUAUGCAUGGGGAGGUCAAGUUUGCAAAUGAAGAUAUAAAACCCUUAAUGAAAGUGUUUGUCAGAAAUGGUAUUGUUUGAAUAUUAUUUACAAACUUGGAUCAUUUUUAAGUAAAUUCUAUAGAAUUAGCUGCUUCUAUGGCAAAUGCUCUGUUGAGGUGUUAAAGAAGUACUGUAUCUAAGUAUGCUUAAUACUGUGAAUUAAAUCCCCACACAUGUACAUAAACAUCUUGAUGCGUUAAGUGGUUAAUGAACCUAUUAAAUUGUCACUUUACACCGUUAAUACAGUUCCACACCUUGUAUGCAAAAACUCACCUGUCUGUUUUGUCCUCUUCCAAUGUGUGUGUAUUUUUUUAGGUCCAAAAAAAGAGAUGUAUAAUGAUGCGUGUAUGUUUGCGUGUCUGAGAGAGAAAAAUACCAGGACUCAAACUCUAUUGGAAAGUGUGAUAACUGUAAGUGCACUUUAUCAUAGCAGAACCAAAAAGGUUUCUUGUAGGAACUGGAAUCCUUACUGAGAUUCUUUUGGUUUAUUUUCCUCUCCUCAAUAAAUAAAAACGCAACUUUACCA